AUGGGUCCUGGUCAACAGAUUCCAACAAGCUCCGUGACAGCGGACCUCAACAACGUGGUCGGUGCGCCAUGUUCGGAGAAGAUCGGUCGAGCCCCACCCGAGAUUAGCGCUCCUGUCCCAAACCGUCGAGUUGAAACUCAAAUAUCCGGGGCAGCUACGGACGGCAAUUACAAAAAGCUGGGGAAGCAAUUUGGACAUACGUCGCCGAGAGCAAACCAUGCACCCUUGUUGGACGACUAG